CAUCUUCUUUCCUACCGUGGCGCAGCACUACCUCUGCUAGCGCAUGUCGCGAAUGAGUCAAUUUCUAGACUAAGGAUGAAUUUGGGACUCCUUAUUCGGGUACGACCUCGGCGUCCCAAUGUGACCGGAUAUUAUCCUCAUUCGGUGUCCUCAGGCCGUUGAUUUAACGCCGGAGCGAGCAUUGCAACAAUGCAACUCAUAGAUCGGCUGCACUUUCCCCAGCUCACGUUUAAAAGCAAGGGUGAUUCCGAACCUCACCCAAGUCACUAAACAUGCACCUGUUGAUAUCUUGCCUCGCCUCUGCCCUCCCAGCAACGAUGCUGGCCUCGGCUCUCUAUCGGGCUUUGCGCCCUCGCAGAAACGAGAUCGACUUCAACUUCCAACCUGGCGCGCUGCUCAGUGUUGUCGGAUCGACUGUGGCUUUGAUACUGCAGAACCACCAUCCCAGUAUCAGCCUCGCCAUGCACAAUCAUUCGAACUUUCAAGAACGUCCGCUGAUUCGCUAUCUCCGUACCUUCAUAUACGUCGAGCUCGCAUUGAACGGUACCAACCAGGAGCAAGAGCAGACGGCCUCCUGGCUACGCUGGAUGCAUCGGCACAUCCAUGGGCCGGUGACCGAGAAGACGCGCGCCGAUUUCGGGAUCCCAGAUGGCAUCGACAUGUACGGCUACGUGGACGACCUCAAGGUCUACGUCAUUCAGACUCUGACCUGGGUCACGAUUGCAUUCGAAGAGCGGUUCAAUGGCGAACUGUCGCCCCGCAUGAAGGAUCUCAUCGUAUGGGAGUACACGUGUGCAGCGAUGCGUCUCGGUGUCCCGAGGGAGAUGUUAUCUUCAUCCUAUCCAGAUUUCAUCUCCGCCUUCAGUGCUCGUAUCGACUCACUUUCGACCGAGUGCAAGCUUACCUCCGACAUCAUCUUUUCCUUGGAAGCGAGCAUCUUGGUCUCAACUCGCAUGCGCUGGAUCACGUCGCUGGGUCUUAGGGCGGCAUUUCUCGUCGGACAUACCCUAUUGCCGGAGGAGUUGAAGGCACAGUACGUCCUCGCUGGUGUGCGCAGCCCCGUUUCGCGCAUGGUGCAGCGAGUCCUAUGCGCGCUUCUAUGGCUGCUCUAUCCGCUCCUACUGUGGCUCCCGCUUCGUGGUUUGAUUGCAUUUGUUGUCUUUUUCGAACCUAGCAUGAAAGGCGUUGUGUCGUCAACUCUGCGGACGAUCCACUCGAUGGACGUGAUGGAAGACCGGCCACUCCCGACCUCCAAAUCCGAAAUCGAACACGCGGACUACAUUGGCUGGCUGGAACAUAGCGGUCGCAUCCGCCCGACGUUUCUCCAACGUGCCUUCAUUAGCUUGCUGAAGUAUCGGGCCGGAUCGAUCUCUCUUUUGGGGAUAGGUUCAAGUGUCAUUGGCCACGUAACGAGCUCAACCAAAUUCCAUCUGCUCGGCUUGAUCGACGACUCUCGCUGUCAUCUGCUAGGCUCCCGCAUGAAGGACGCAAAAGCGAGCCCUUUGCACGUGGGCAUGAUCAUGGACGGCAAUCGUCGCUUUGCUCGUCGGCGGAAUGAGCAAGUCAUCGCAGGGCACCGAACGGGUGCCGUGACUGCUUCCCGGGUGGUAGAAUGGUGGCUUAGGCACCGCCACAUCGGCCCGCGAUACCUGACAUGCUGGGCGUUUUCAUCAGACAACUUCGCCCGGCCGGCUGCGGAGCAGGACGGGUUGUUCGGCCUCAUGACGAGCGAGUUCAAGGCGCUCGCGUUCUCCAGCGUCGUUCAUCUCUAUCGCAUCCGGAUCACCUUCAUCGGCAGCGCGAAUGCCCGGACUAAACUGCCGCCCACGCUGGUCGAGGCCAUGGACUUUGUCGAGCGAGUGACGUGUGGGUAUGAUGCUCUGUUUCUGCAGAUCGCUGUCGGAUACGGGGGCAGGGAGGAGAUUGUGGACGCUGUCAAGUCGCUCCAGGACCGUCAGGAACGCAUCAGCGAGGCGAGUGUCUCGCGCGAGAUGUACGGCCGUGGGCGCGGCAUCCCCCCUGUGGAUCUCAUCGUGCGCACAUCUGAGAAACGAACCAGCGGAUUUCUGCUGUGGGACAGCCAAGCGGCCGAAUUGCACUUCAUCGAUAAACUGUGGCCCGAGUUAUCAGAGUUGGACUGGCUGCAGACUCUGGAUGCCUAUGCCGAGCGGGAGAUUAGAGGUGGGAAAUAAACAGAGAAACAGUCGGAGAUCCCCCGGUGGUGACGAGACGUUACUUAUGUCAGCAACACGGAGCAGCGGAAGUCGAAGAGAAAAUAUUGAUUUAGAAUGCUAGUCAGUCCACAAUCUAAUACACGUGUGUAACUUGUCGGUUUUCAAAAACCUAGCUCGGCUUGGG